AGAGGGAGGCUGGGAGGCAGAUGUGGGACUUACCAAUUGUAAUUUUAUGGAUUUCUAAGACUGCUUUCACUAAGAAGUAUAACUGUGAUAGACAUAGCUUUGAAGAUGAGUAGCUGACUGUACAGGACAUCAGUGGUUCCACUCAGUAACAAGCGAGAAAGUUGCAUUCAGCUCCUGCAUUUACCUCCAUUUGGAAAUACAUCAUCUGGUUACACUCCUCCAGAGUGCUGGUGUGUUCUUGAAGCAUGGUGAGCUUUGUAAGAAAUUCAUACUGAAAACCUGUGAGAGUUACUGAAUACCAUAUGAAUAAAAGAGUAGACUUAGUCUUCAUGAUGUGUGGAUUUUUCUCUUCUUUAGUAUGUACAGGGAUCUCUGCGAGUGUUUGAAAUUAUGCUUUAACAAAUGUUAACAUCUGAUGAGUCAACAAAACUUGCCCUUUAUGUACUUCUGCUAAUCAUAAUUUUACUUCUCCUCACUUCCCCUUUCCACGCAGUUUUCUCUUUCGUUUUUCACUCGUGCUUGAGCUGUGUUGUCUGAGGAAGAUGUGACAACAAAACCAGAAAUACAUUCUCUUCACAAAAUUUAUUGUGAUGAUGACUUAUAGUGCUGCAGUAGCAUUAAGAUUGCAAAUAAUCUGACAAAAUGACCAAAGACAAGAUUCCCUGAAGACAUGUGACUGAGGAUGACUGUGCUGACUUUUUGUUCCUCUUUUCCUCAAACAAAGUUUGCUCGCUAAAUAGUGAGCAAAAUAAGUAAGCAUGUUUGGGCUAUAUUUUUUCAUUUUAUUCACCCCUGGAGUCGGUGAACUUCUUUGUACAUCGUCAGAUCUAGAAAUGUCAUACACUUUUUGUGAUUCUACAACACAUGCUUUCAUGUUUAAUUUGACUCCUUGCAGCACCAUGAACAAAUCCACCUGGAAUGCUGCUCUUACCUGGAUUCCAAGAAGCGACAUUGUCUUUUUGAAGAUCGUCUUCAAUGUCUGGUACGAUGGUGCCAAAGCGUUACACUGGAAAGAAGUCAUUUGCAGUGGAGCUGAUGAUGAAUACUCAGUGUGUGGAAUGCUGAAAGGAGGUGAGUGUGGAAAACAGACGGUGCCUUUCCCUUGCCUGGCAGGUUCUAUCCGCAGCAGGGCCAUAUCCUCCCAGCCCUUUUCACCACUAAGCAGGUUUCUUAAAAGACCCAUGCAGACAGAUUUUUCUCUCCAUAACCAAGACCUUGCUUGGCUGGCAGCAGACUUCAGAGCAGGCAGUUAUCUGGCACCAGAAUCCCACUGAAGAAGAGAAUUUCCAAAUUCUAUGUUUUAAUAUCCUUGUACCGCCGUUUCCAUCUCUAUAAAUUAGGAUUACUAAUAGCCUUCAUCUCAUUAUCACACUUUUAUUGUUAACAUCUCUAAAAUUACUUGGAAAGACUACACUUGACUGGACUGUGCAGAAAGCCAGGGUCAUUACUAAUAUCCAGAACACAGUUUAUUUAGAUAAGUGCCUAGAUGGGUUUUUAAAGAGAUUCUCUACACCCAUAUAUAAUGCUUUCUUUUAGUAGUCAAUCCUGUUCUACAGGCUAACCAACAUUAGCAUCACACAGGUUCAGAUCCAGAGUAUUCCGGCAGGAUGCCAAGCUAAAGGACAAAAAGACCUGUAAGGAGGUCAAAAUAGACAGCCCAUGUUUUCCGUUCCUUAAAAAUUAACAUAAUCUCUCUUUGGUUAUCAUUCAGCCGAACUACUAGUAUAAGUAUGGGAGUUAUCACAGUGGGACGGGUCUGUAGGAGGUAUUGCAGGAGCAUUGUGGUUAAUUUCUAUUUUCUGAUGUAGUUUAGACAAAUAUGCAGAGCUCUGGGAGAAGAAACAGGUGAGAGCUUUACCAGUGGAAGAGUAAAUGGCAUUGGCACUACUCCUAAGAGUUAUGCCAUAUUGCUUUGAAGUUAUUUAGGAAGUUUGAUUGAUGGCUUUAUGAUUAAGUAACCAUUUGUAUUAUAACUAUCUCUGUUUUACAGAAACACUUGCAACAGCGUUUGACAUUAAAGGUGCAAGAACAAAGUUUCCAAAGGUACUUGUCAGCAUUUUAUAUAAAGAAAUAACGGUAGUAAAAUCACAUACUUCCAUGCAUGUAUUUUCUGAAAAGAGGGGUUCACCCAAACUGUAGAAAGCAGCAAAAGGAAAUGUCAGAAAACUUUCUCAUGCUUGAAUUGACGACUCCAGUCCUCACAGAAAUCAUCAGAACCAUUCCAAGCAGCUACAUAGACAAGAGUGGGAAGCAUUAUGCACUAAUUUCCUUUUUCUUUUUUGUUUUAGGGCAAUUAUAGCAUUAUUUUACAAGGAUUUUCUGAUGAUUCUGAGAAAAAUAUGAUCAUGUGCUUGAAUUUCACCAUGAUAGUAAAACAAGAUGCUUUCUGAAUUCAAGAAAUGUUUCAAAUCACUGCAGAACAUGGAGGUCGCUUCUGCAAGCAACUGGAACCUGAGCUGUGAAAUAAUAAGCACACUAAUUUUCCUGAGGUAGAGUACCUCAAAUACUGUCUGGAAAGCUACGUGAUGGAUAGGCUUAUCCAUAUAGAGCACUGCUGUAAUCACAUGAUUAGUCAAUGUGCACAAAAUAUCUGGGAAUCAGGCAUCCUGAUUAAUCCCCAGAAUAACCCUGACUGGAUGUCAGGCUGAGCGUUUUGGUGCUGUGCCUGGAGUUAUGAAAAAGCUGAGUCCUUUCAGACUGCUAAACUAAUUCAAGACAUUUUGAAGUGCAAGAAUCAGAAGUUUACUUGUACUCAAAAUAGAACAGUAAUUGAAUCUGGGAACUGUGUUGUGUGGGUUUUUUUCUCUUUAAACAAUAAAAUUUUGUGUACAAUCGA